UCAGUGGCAACAGCAAAUGACUCGCGGAACGGCGAGGGAGAAAUACUUACCGAAAUACAGUUUUCGCGCCUUGAAGCACUCGACCCACAGAAACGUGAACUUUUAGAGGCGAGAUUUCACACUCCUCGGGUGCGUUAAAAUAAAUUAACCUUAAAUGUUUCAUGGUGGAUAUUUGCCUCGUGGUUUUAAAAUAUUUAGGUAUUUCAGAACUGCUUUUCUCUGAUUAUAAAUGGACGCCAUUUUGUUUGCUUUUAGUCAUUGAUUUAUAUCCUGGCAUGGUGGUUAUAAGCUUCAGUAAUAAGCUUUAAAUUUCUAUUAGUAUUUCUUGCAAUGGAAGUAAUGUAUAUUAAUUUUAGGGGAGUGCCUGGCAGCUUAUAAGGAGACCAGAUUGGGAGGUGUGGAGGGUGGGGAGGGUAGCCUGACAGCCCAAAGAGAUGUGAGCAGAAAAAAAAAACAAAGAGAGGGUGGUGUAGGGGUGAGAGCGAGGGAAUGCCUGUAAGACUUUUUAACAAAAGCUCAUUCCGGUAUACCAGAUUCUGGUAUACUCUAUGAUUGGUCUAUUUUGACAGCUCUUGUCAGCACUUUAGGGUUCAUUACAUUGAUUGGAAAUGUGAUGCGCUAGCAAUGAGGUUACACAUCAGGUUAUCUUGGAAGCAUGGUGAAGUGAUUCGAAAUAAGCAACAUGGAUAAUGUGGAGUAUCAUCUCUGAAGAAAGGGAGAAAUUGUUCUGAGGCUGGAUCUCGUGAAGAGAAAACAGGACUUCCAAAUUUUACCAUUUUUAUUGGCUUUUAAACAAGCUCUUUCCUUUCAGAUCUCUUCAGGAAUAUUAAAUACGCGCAUGAACCAUCUUUUGAUAUGAGUCUUUGUUUAGCAUGCGAAUACAGCCAUUUCACUUUGUCCUUGUUCCUCUCCACUGGGGACGUUUUGUUUGAAAACAGGCAUAUUUUUUUAAAAUUCAGUAAACAGUGCAGUAUGUCGCUCGUUGCUUGAUUGACAACUUUUAAUUCUGGAAACUACAUUCAGAUUAUUAGCUGACAAAGUGGGUGGAAUGACCUUUUGAAAAGAAAUCUCACAGGCAUUCCCAGGCUCAUCUCUCCCUUUCCUCCUUCUUUUCCUCCUAGUUAUUUUUUUCUCGCUCUCUUCCAUUGCACUGCACUCCACUGUCCAAAAGGGGGUACCCAAUACUGCAAUACCAUAAGGAAAAUUGGCAAAUACCGAAAUACCAUGCAGAAAAUUGGCAAACUACCGAUACCACAUUUAUGAUCAGUCACCUCACGUGUCUAGUUAUUGCAAGCAUGGUAAGCAACAGUAAUUAACCCCAGCCCUUGCGAGAAAACAUGUGAAGACCUUGUAUUGAUUGGUACAAGUAUCUAAAAGCCUGAUCAUUGGAUGGUCUUGGAUGCCUUGCCAAUUUCACCAUGGAUUAAUGGUCAGAAAUUUUGUAAUCUUUUUACCGUUAACAGCAUGCAAAGAAAGUCGUGUCCGAUAGCCCGGGGCUAGUGGAUUUUGCUAUUGGGCUAGUGAUUUUUGUUUUUAACUUGCCUGAUGGGCCAGUGCUGUUUUGAGGGGAAAUUCAAUUUACAGAAGGAUUGUAAUCAAUUGUGCCAAUCAAAAAGGGUUUGGGGGCUAGUUGAAAUGACUUGUGGGCUAUUACAUGCUAGCUACAGCUUGCCCAAAUGGCAGGCUGUAAAACUGACUUUUUUUGCAUCCUGCAUUAAGUCUAAAGUCUUAAAAAUAUUGACCUGCAUUAGACAGGAGAACGCAAAUGAACAGUACUGCGAUACCAUAAAGGAUCUCCUUUUACCGAAUACCAUCACCGACCAAAAGGAUGAAAAACUGCAUACUGCAGGGCUAGAUGAUACCAAAAUACUGCUUCAAAAAAGCUCAAUACCGCAAUACCAUAAACCCCCAUGUCCUCCUCAGUGAGGGGUAGGGCCAUGGUUGCAUUGCAGAAAAAGAGAUACACUGUAGGAGGACUGGAAAGAGGAAAACAGGGGGUUUUUCCCUCCGUAACAUUCACCCUGUUUGAGUUAGACCCACUGAUUUGUUUAUCAUGAUUAGGGUUAAGCAAGGCUGGCAGACAGACAUAUUUCCAGUUGUCGCUUCUCUCCACCUGAAAGGUAACUUACGUCACUUUUCAGAUGGAGAGAAGUGACGACCAGAAAUACAUCUGUGUCUACAGGCCUGAUGAGAGUAAUUAAGGUUAAGCACUGACAAUAGUGAUUAGGGUUAUUAAGCUCUGACUUAUAAUAGUUUAGUAGGGCAUACUUUUAAUUAAUAAGAAAGAUGUUGCUUUCAUCACUGUGUCAUUGGGUCACACUGUAUUUUUACCGAGUUUGUUAUUGAUUUCUUGUAAUGAUGAGGUUAUGUUUUUGCUAUUUUAUUCCUCAGAGUAUAAAUCAAGAUUCUCAGCAUAGUAAUGCAAGUAUUUCCUCAACUGGAAGCGAUAAAGAGUUGGAGGUAUACAAGAAGUCAUGCAAUCAUCUAAGCAGCAACUGUCAAUAAUUCCUAAUACAGGUCUUCAGCAAAGACAUUAAUUUUUUGAACAACACAUCAUACAGAAGUGGGCUUUUUGCCUUCUUGGGUUGGGGUUUUACCUAAUUUUGGCAGAUCCUCUCUAUAAGAGCUAAGACACUUUCCAAUAGCGAUGAAAAUUCUGUAGUGUUGUUAAAAGGGAAUUCAAAGGACCUACUUGUAACUUCCAGUUGAUAUGCCUCUUAAAAAAACAUCUUUGCUCAAGCUCUAUGAUGAAUUUUGUCUGUGCUGAUUCAAUUAAAAUGAACAAUUUUCAUUUCAUAAUUCAAAAAAGUCAUUCAAUAAUGACAUCCUUUGGACAUAAUUAAUUAUUUUUAUGAUGCUUAGAGUCUAGGUUUCAAUUUAUUGUGGGGGUCAUACACAUACAACACAAGCUACUAGGAUUGCCAGGAUUAUGUUCAUUCUCAUAAUAGACCAAUUUCAAUGUAUUAAAAUUCGUUUUUGGCUUCGUUAUUCGCUAUUCUUUUGUUUUCUCUCCCCAAGCGUAGUAGCCAAGUAUGAAUUUUACACAGUAACAUAUCAAAAUUGGUCUAUUACUGGUCAGUUUUCACAUUAUUUGAUGCAUGGCAGUCUUUUAUGAGACCCAUUUUACAUAAUCAGAAAAAGUAUUGUCGUAAUGACUCAACAAACUGUUGUACAUUGUAUAAUCCUCUUGUUAGAGCAUCACACCCAGUCAGAGAAGUGAAAAGCACUUGGGACGAAAACGAAAAGCAGCCCAGGAUGGAGACUCUCCAAGUACUGAUAAUAAUUUGAUUUAUUCAUAGAUGUAAUGAUUCUGAUCAUGAAUACUUUAAAAGCUUUGGACUUCUACCAGUGACUAUAGUGACUAAUAGAAAUAAACAAUGAGAACAAUGUAACUACAUACAGUUGUCGAAAGAAGCAUUGUUUAUAAUAAGAAUUAAUAGACUGCUCUGUACAGAGCUUGCAUUAAUUUUUGAUAACUCAAUCGAGUUACAUGUGUACAGUACAGUGGCUGUAUGUAUAAUUUAUAUAUCACUGAAAGGUUUUAUUCACAGGCAAGUUUACAGACGGUGCCCUAUAACUACAUGUACAUUUAGAAGGAUUUGAAAUAUGUUAUUGUACCCCAUCAAUAAUUAUAACUGAAGUUGGAAAUUUUUUUUACAUAAUGUUUUUUAAAUCAUUUUGUUUUUUUUUGAAGGUGUUCUGAGUAAGAGUGGACGCUCUGAAGCAAAAAUUACAGAGUACUUUAAGGUAUGCUUUCUUUUUAAAAACUUUUCAAUAUGGAUGUCAGUGUCUUUUUAGUUCUUACUUUAAAAUUAUGUACAUGACUGUAAUGACACUCAGUACAAUUAAGUUUUCUUCAGAGAAACUACUCUAACUCUCCUUUUUUUUGUUUUCUGUUACAGAAUGAUGCUUCUGCUUCACGCAAAAGCCCUUUGAAUCUAAUGCCAUCAUUUACAUCCCAGGUAACAAUUUUGCAUGUGAAUCAUGCUUUUUUGUUAUUUCUUGGCUGUAACUGCAUGAGUACAACAUAAAAAUCUCUAAUUUUUUUUUUUUUUAUGGAAAACGUAAAAAAGCGGCAAUAAAAUUUUCUUUCUUUUUCUGAACAUGAAUAAUGGUUCUUAGAAAUUGAAUUCCAGGAGAGUUUGCUUACAUAAAUGGCAAAACAAGUGAGUUGGAAUAUUCGUGAUGAAGAUUAAAAGAAUGUGAAUUUACUUUUGGGCAACAUUUUUGCUGCUGUUCCCAUCCUUGGAUCUUAACCCUUUAAGUCCUAAUAUCCACAUACAAAUUCUCCAAACUGAUCUCCAGACAUUUCCUUAAAGAACUAGGUGAGAGAAUUUGAUAAAAGAUCAAGGCAUUUUCCCUUUGGUGAUCAUUUUAUUAAUUCUCAUAACUUUAUCUCUUGACAAUGUAUGGAUAUUAUUAGGAGAAAAUUGUUGUUGGUCACUAUUGGCACUUAAAGGGUUAACAAAGGUUCCUAAUGAGUUUUAGGGAUGGUUCAUUGCUGGCAACUCCUUUAUUUUACAUUUCAGUUUCAUGCAGACAGUAGUUCCACUUUACCAUAUCCACUAAAAGCUCCACUGGCUCCUGAACUGGAAUCAGAUGGGUCUGAUGGUGUCGAUUCAGCUGGAAUAUUCGUUCAUGAGUCAACACAGGUUCGUUAUUUAUGUUUUUAAUAUUGGAGAUUUUGCUACAUGUUAUUGUAAUUCACUCUGUGCAUGGUUAUCAAAGUUGCACUACAAUGCCUUCAAAACCUAAAAAUGUGAGUAGAAAUGUCAUUACAAGUCAGAAUGCACAAACAAAAUGCAGCAAAUGGUAAAAUCCAAUUUUCACAAUAAAAAGGAUAAGUGCCCUUUGGCAAAAAUGUUCCCUUUUGAAGCCAUUCUUGUAAGUUACUCUCUUCAGAUCAUGACUCUUUCCUAUCAAAACCUCAACUUCACUCUCACAGUUGAAGGUAUGAUUUGUGAAUGUUAAAUUGGUGGUUGAAUUAAGCACGUGUAACUGUAUAUGAAAUGUAUUUCAUUUGUACCUCUCGUGUGAGAUUUUGUAUGUACCAGCAAAACAAUGAUCAAGCAUGAUGGUAAUGAAAAAAUAAUAUUAAUACAGUGAUUUUGUUACCUCUUUGUCCUGCAUCCUUGAUACAUAAAAAUCCCCCAAAAUGCACAAACGUAUAUGGCAUGCAUCCCAUGUAGGACGCAAAGAUCAAUUUUAUCCACCUGGUCACAUAAAGGCCCAAGCAAGUUAGGACUUAUUGUUUUUUGAACUGGGACUCAAUGUUUCUGGAGUGGGACUCAAAAUUUUUCACAAGAUGAGUCCCAGGACUCACCAUAACUAUUUGUAGCAAAAUCACUGAUAAAAUUAAAUUACAGUUACAGUAAUAAUUUUGCUGAUUGCAACAUGUUGAUCUUGGUAUCAAUUAUUACCAUCAUCAUCCUUUGACCACCGAAGUGGACAGGACAUUCAUAGAAAUUUCUUCCCAAAUGCCAAGAUUUGCCAUCGCUGUACUCAGGUCCCUGGUAUCAAUUAUACUAAGAAUGAUGAUGAUGAUGAUGAUGAUGUUUAUGUUAAUGGGAACAGCAAGUCAAAUUGAAACUGCAGUAAUUAUAACUUAAAGCUACAAAGAUAUACGGGUAUUGACAUCAUUAGUUGGGGCCUUCACCUAGCUGUGCUGCCAAAGCCACUAUCGAGCAUGCAUUCUCAUAUUUCAUCCCCUGGCUAUCCCUGCACCUGAUGAACAAGUCAUCGUCAUUUUUUUAUGAAAUAUUAUUACCAUAACAUUAUUAUCAUAGGUAAAAAAGGUACCAACAGCACACCUACAUGUAGAGAGAAUGCAGUAGAGAAUGAGUAAACACUUUUGUAUAGAAAUUUAUUUCUUGAUGUUGCGGUAAUAUUUUUAUUGUGUUUAAAAGGAUUUCUGUAAGAAUUAUUACCUUUUAUAGUAAUUUAAUUUGUCUUUUUUUUUUGCAGACAAUAUUGACAACUGGAAGUCUUCGGGUUAGUUUUUUCUUUUUUAUUAUCAUUUACAUGACUGAUUGCUAUGAAUUUCCUUACACGUGUUGAGAAUUCCUUUACAAUGUAGUUUACUAGAAUUUAGGGUUAGGAUCAGUUCAGCUCAUUGUGAUCAGAAAACAGUAGAUUAAAAUAAUUAAGACAGUAGUGAAAGGACUACUUGCCAAGUUCUAAGAGCUUACAAUGGUAUUUGUUAAUGUUAUUUUUUUCCUGCAGGAAAUGGAGGCCUUUUUGUCAACAGGGGUGGCCUCUUCCCAACAAAAGGAAAGCAAAAUUGAAGAGCUUAAAGGGGUAACCUGAACUAUGAAAUAUUAUUAUAUUAUAUUUCACUUAUUAAUUUUGCUCUUCUCAUUUGACCCUCUGACACAUACAUGUACAGGUGUAUUGAAGUACAUAAUUAUAGUAUGAUACAUUUUUACGCUGUAGGCUUUCCCACCUUCCAAGACUUACAUUGUAUCUAUAGCUGUACGUGAUAAUGUUAUCAAGCAGUCCUGCUUUAUACAAUGUACAGUUUCAUUUAUUUCGUUACAGAUGAUUUGCUUUGUUUUGUUUUUCUUAAGCUUGUCGACGACUACAAAAAACAAGUUGAAGUUCAACAGGUGAGCAGUUAGAUAAACUAUGAAUGGCAGAUUGGUUUCAAGAAUAACUGAUGCUCUUUAAACUGACAUUAUACAUCUCGCUUUGACUCUGAAGAUGACUACCACACAGGUUGAUUAACCAUCCUGGAUCAGUCCACACCAAGUUGUGAUUGAUUAACACAGUCUAUCAUUUAUUAGUGAAGAAUAAUGAGGGGGAGGGGAGGGGGGCUUAAAAGAGAAGAGGGGAGGGGCUUAUUAACUUUCUUCCCCUGGAAAGGGGGGCUUAUUAGAGAGAGGGACCUUAUUUGAGAUGGGGGGCAGGGCUUAAUAGAGGAUUUACAGUAAUUGGGAUAAUUUAGCCAUGGAAGGGACAGAUGGCUUUGCCUUUUUAUGUAUCAUAUUGUAAACAAAAACGUGCCUGAGUGAAUAAUUAUCCGAGGGAACUCUUUCCAAUGAGCUGUGGAAGCAACCCCAAUACUCUAGAUCUCGAAGAAGUAUUUUGAAUAAUGAAAUAUUACUUGUUCCAAAAACAGAAUGCUACAAAGGUUUGAUUUCGUAAAGGGGAGCAUAAAAGCGUAACUCUCUGCCUCAGAACUUGAAAUCAGUUGAACCUAAGAGCAUUUUUAAAAGGAACCUGUUGGUGGCUGUCAAAUUGUCACUAAAUCCAUUAAUUUCCUUUAAUUCAAAUUCUAAGUAUUUUUAAUUACUGGCAGGUAGAGAUUAAUUUUGUAAACAUAAUUUUUGUUCUUUAAUGGUCACUCUAAAUAGACCUUUACAUACAAUACGGCUUUCUUGUAAAGAAGUUUUUAACUUAUCGGAACUAUCAUAUUGAAAUAAAACUCAUUCAUUCAUAUUCCACCUACUCAUUUACAUUUUUUUGUUUGAGAACUUUUAAUCAGUUUUACAAGACAUUAUUAUCAGUGAUGGUGUUCAAAUGAUGCAGUUGUUCAGUACAAAAUAUAACACUUAUUUAGGCCAGCCAAAAAGUAUACAUUAUUGGGUAUUUUUUUGGUCACAUUAUAUUUGUGGUUACUGAAAAGUCUACUACUCUGUUUAUCAUUCUCAACCUCUAGAAAGCUGUUGCCAAAGCAAAAGAAAGCCUUGAGAAAUGUUUAGCCAUCAACAAGAAACUACUUAUAACAUCUGUAAGUCAUCAAAAUUUAUAUUCAGUAGAGGCUUUUGCAGCGACAAUAUUAUAUUAUUUACCCUGUCCCGUUUUUUUAUUUAUUUUUUAUUUUUUACGAACAGUCUACUCUUGAAAAAAAGGCUGGGCGAGAAAGAUGUAUGAAGAACAGACUGCGACUUGGACAGUUUGUUCCUGUCAGGUAAUGAUUAAUUAAUUUUUACAGUAGGAGUUUUUAAGACGGAAUCCACCAGGAAAUUGAGUAAUUUUAAUUCUCAGCGGACAAAAACCUUGUACAGUGUACCAGAGUAAUUUAAAGAAUAAUUAUUGCAUUUUUUUUUCCAUUUUUCAAGGCCUAAAGAUGUAAUUAAUCAUCAUGGGAGUCAGAGAAAAUGUAUGUCAAAUUUCACAAGAAUUGUGGAAACACUGGUAAAAUUCUGAAAAUCCCAUGUGAAAGAUGUACAUGUAAUUUUGUGAAAUUUGACAUUCAUUUCCUCGGGCUCCCAUAAGAAAUUUUCUUUGGUGUUAUUACAGAUGACUAAUACAUCAUUAGGCCUUGAAAAAUUCAAAAAAGAAUGCAAUGUGCUUUAAUUAUUCUGGUACAAGGUUUUUGUCCACUGAAAAUUAAAAUUACUCAAUUUCCUGGUGGAUUCUGUCUUAAAAUCUUACCUUUAGCAAGGGUGGCGCAGUGGUGAACGCUCUUUCCUCCCACCAAUGUGGCCCGGUUUCCAAUCCUGGCAUUGAUGCCAUAUGUCGGUUGAGUUUGUGGUUGGGUCUCUCCCUUGCUCUGAGAGGCGUUUCUCUGGAUACUAAAGAACUCCUAAGUGCUUUUUUAUGGGUAAACAAAUAACAGUAAUUACAAUUACAGUUAACAGUUUGUAAUAAUAUUCUUUUUCAGCCGAUUGAUCUUUGCAGAUUGAAGUGACUUACGUUAAACUUUCCUUUUACAGGCAAGGAGUAUCAUUUGUGGAAACUUGGGUUGAAGGACAUGCCUUCAAGGAACUUGCUGCGUAAUAAUCUUAUUUUUAUCUUUUGGUAUUUCUUUUUGCUAUAAAAUUAUAGAAGGAAACAAUGUCACUGUUCAAAUAAAGGUUCAAACUAACAAUUCUUCAAAUUCACAAAUGAGACAGCUGUUAAAUAGUAAAAUAUGCCUACAACAAUGGUGACCCUAAGAAAGGGAAAAGUAUGCAUAAAAUCCAGUUUUUGAGUUGCAGAAUAAAUGUCUCAUUUUCAUCACAUGAGCCUGUCAAUUUCCUUAUCAGUGGAAUGGAUGUACCAAAGAAAGAAAGAAUUAAAAAAUUGUAAUUAAUAAUGCAUUUUGUUCAAAUUCCAAAAUUAUUUUGCAGAAGUUGUAUUGGUAAUGUAUACUUUCAUUUAACAAAAAAAAAAAUGUAAAGGUUAUGGGCACUUCAAAAUUACACCAUUUCACCAAAGCCCAUGUAAUGCAUUAUACUUGUAAUUUUUCUUUGUAACUUUUUUAUUGCUGUAGCUCAAAACGAAGUUUAGGUUUAAACUCUUUCAACAUAUGAGGAAGAAAACACAACUUUUUCAACAAGCUAAUACACACAACUUCACUGUCUUUUCAUCAAAACCUUGUAUCAUAAAAAAGGUUGAUUGCCUAAAGGAAACACAAAGGACUUCAAGUGAGUCAUUCAUUUAAUUGAAAUAUUACAAUAAGCACAGGGUGUUAGUUGAAGGACAAUCAAGUUCAAAAAGGUGGUUACUCUGGCUUUGAUCCUCCCUCCCUUGUCAGUGGUCAGCUAACAGUACAAUUCCCAAAAUGUUUAAUGCUGUGGAAACUUGAUUUAGCGAACCUCUAUAUAAUGAAUUCCUCAGGGUAACAAAUGAUUUUCUUUAGCUCAGCCAAAAUUACAAAAAAUAUAUAGAACAAAACCUCGAUAUAAUGAACCUCGAGUUAACAUAAUCCUCAUUAUAACAAACACAAUCCAGAAACGCGAAUGCAAAAUAUACCUCGCUAUAACGAAUAAAUGUCAACAUGUGACCGAAAGAUGGCUAAAAAUGAAUGUGAAACAGACCAACUAGGAUAAAAUUUAUGUGUCAGUAGUUUUAAGCAGUUUUGUUUGCCUUUUCUUUUGUUUCUAGUGCCUUAGCUAUGUACAGCUCUGAACUGAGAUCAUAGCUUUGUACACAAAUUUAUUACUAUUGUUUAUUACAGAAAUUGUUCCGAUCUGCAAAUGCUGGACAUUGGAAAUUAAUCAUUAACCAUACCUCGAUAUAAUAAACAUUUUGCUUGUUUUGACAAAAAUUCUUCAAAUUGAGGUUUUGGAUAUAACAAGCCCUCGAGAUAAUGAGCAAAUUUCCCCAGUCCCUUGGCACGUCGUUAAAUCAAGGUUCCACUGUAUGAGGCUGUGUACAGAGGCUUGUGUGCGCUCUGACCUUGUCCCCCUUCCUCCCCCCCCCCUUUCCACCAGUACAUGUACCACCAUCAUCACUGUCAGUUGUUAUUUGCAAGUGCGUACAUCUACAUUUAAGAAGCUUGUGUAUUAGAGCAGACAUCAAGGUACAGAAAAGGAAUAAUAUUGUAUCAGUUUUGUUUCUCUAUUGAUGAUACUAAUAGCCCUUUUCCACAUUAUUGUGAACACAUGCACCAUCUGUGAGCUGAUCCGUGAGCAAUAAAAUUGAAAAUACAGAGAUUUGUAAAUAUCAAAUUACUUGAUAAUUGUAAUAAUUAAUUAAUAUUUCUUUUAUUUCCAGGUACAAAAGAAAAAAAGCUUCCAAGGACAAGCAGUGGAGAGAGUGAUCAGUUUGCAAGACCAGGCUCACCAGUGUAUGUACUUGAGCAAGUACAUGUAUAAGAACAUGAAAAAAAGAAAAACAAUCUCUAUUUACCCUACACUGUAGUAGGACAGAGCAAUUAUUAUUAAAUCACUGAAAUAAAUAAUUCAAAUAAAAUAAACAAGGUUAACCCUUUAAGUCCCAAUAUUAACCAACAUCAAUUUUCUCCUAACAAGAUCCAUAUGUUGCCAAGAGAAAUGGUUAUGAGAGUUGAUAAAAUCAUCACUAAAGAUCUUUUAUCAAAUUCUCUCAACUAAUUCUUUAAGGAAAUGUAUGGAGAUCAGUUUGGAGAAUUUGUAAGUGGAUUAAGAACCUGACUGGCAAGUGGCAAACCAGAUGGCUAUGUAUUUUACAAGUGUGUUUGGGAAGUCAAGCUUGGGCUUCAGAGAAGCAAAUCCAGUCCAGUGCUUGGAGUGAAGCCAAAAACCUGGUCAACUCAAACCCAAGACUGCUGGUUUGCAAGCUCAGCAUUCUUAUCGCUUCUUGAUGAUGCCUCGUUUCUUUCCUAGUUGUAGUUUAAAUCAAGAAGAACUCAGGGUUCCUACAAAGUCUUAAAUUCUUGAAAAAACUCUCUUACGUGUGCAUGUCUGCAUUGCACUAUGGUUACUGUACAUUUGUUGUGCAUCAAGAAAAAAGUUUGGUUCUUGCCUUUUUCAAGGUCUCUAUUAAUUACCUAUUGGGUAACCUUGAGUCUGAAAAAAUAAUCUAUUGUUUUGGGAAAAGUCUGGAAAAAGUCUUGAAUUUUGGAUCCAAAUAUCUGUACCAACCCAGAGAACUGCAUAUUAAAAAGUUGCAUACAGUAGGCAGAAAAUUUUUAUGCUGUUACUUUCCUGCCACUAUAUUCAGGUGUGCUAAAGAGUAUGCCAAGAAUAUGAUGACUCCUUUCCCCGCAUGGUAUAUUUAUGGAGAACAGUUUGACAGAAGUAGCUGCAAUUUGAGUAUUGACUUGAUACUGGAAGAAAUUCUCUUAAGUUAAAAAAUAUUAAUCUUCUCUAACAAGUUAAUUUUAUGAUUGUUUGUACUGUUAAAACAGCCUGUCACCAAUGGAAUACCAUGAGAGAGAAGAAAUUUUAAAACUCAGAGCUUUGGGUUUGAAAAAGGUAUGUGGAUUAAUUAAUUCACAUGUAUGAAAAUUGUGCAGGAUGAUCACAAUAUUACAAUAGCCCAUUGUUCAUCAUAUAUUAUGGAAUUGAAUUUACACCUCUUGUGUGUUAUCUCAGGGUACAAUCUCAUGGCACUGGACAAAAUUAAUUGUAAGGUGCAAAUCCACUUGUAAACUGGUGUUAACUCUCUAUUCGGACAAUACCAACCAAUCUGUACAAACAAGGAUAUUAUGUACUUUGGACAAGACCAACGAAUCCAUACAAACAAGGAUAUAUAUUCGUUUUCAAGUGUUAAAACGUCGUUACCUCGUGUGAAUUGCUCAAACUGAUAUCAAGUAACUUCGUACUACAAAAAAAACUCAUCACGUGAUCUAAAAGGGCAGGAAACAGGAAAACAGGGAAGCCGGCUCCAACAUUAAUUUUGACCAGCCGAAAGUGUAGGUAUUCUGUUCAGACAGAACCACCUUAACUGUCUAGUUGUUCAAAGUACCAUGUGAACAGGGCGAAAAUAUUGAACAAAUUGGCCAGUCAAAUUUUUCAGCCGGACGAAAACUUUUCUGGUGCCAUGUGAAUGUCAAGUAGCCUUAGUGUACUGAUAACAGGUUGCAUGGCUUGAAUUGCUUGUCAAAGCUGCUUUUUUAAGCUUUUUGUAUUUCAUGAGCCCAGACACCAUGCUAGAGAAGCUGCCCAGUUUUUUAAGAAUUGUGAUAUCCUGUUUUCUUGUUUUCACUGACAAGUUACAUGUUAUCACUUCAGCCAGGCUUUUCUGUGGCCUUUGGUUGCUUUGAAAUACUGUGCAAACAUGUAUUCUUAAUUUUUGGCCCUCUUGGAGCACCUGUGGUAGGAGGUUAGAAAAAUUGACCAAAAAAAGCAAAAGCAAAAAAUAGCAAAAGUUUGGUACAGAAGGACUCUGUUAGUAUGACAAUAUACUUUUUAUGACUUUCAAUCAAGAGCAUUAUUAUUUGACAUCAGAUUGUUUUCUGAACUGUAUAUUGGGAGCGGAGCUGCCAGCAUGAAUGUCAGGGUAUCAUGCGAGCAUCUUGGCAGCAGGGCAGUCGUCAUUAGCUGGGAAAGCUUGCCACCUAAAUACUCACGCAAUACCCCAAAAAAGUGAGCUUGCUCACGGGUUACAUAAAAUUGUUAUUACCUAAUUAAUGGUCAUAUGCUGAGGUUGCACUGACCAUGCACUUACCUUCUCAAACUCAUUAAUAAUUCAUUAAGAAAAUACAAAGGAAAUUAAUGUUUAAUGAGUGUUUGGAAAUCGGAUGAAACACUGCUUAGUAUUUGCAUCCUUAAUUUCUCCUUCAAAAAUGAUUUUGUUUGAGAAGAAAUAUCAAACAUUCGACACAGUGUUUCAUCACCAGAUGAAACACCUCGAAGUUCGUCAAAAAUACUCCGCUGCGCGUCGUAUUUUCAACUCUCUUCUCGGUGUUUCAUCUGGUGAUGAAACACUGCAUCUCAUGUUUGAUAUAUUACAUGAACAAUAAUAAUGCCACGGAUGUUUCAUUUGAAUGGAUGCCUGACAAAAUCAUUUUUGUUCGUGGACUCAAAAACGUUGAAUUGUGUAUUUUUGAAAUAAAAUAAAUCGCACUUUUAUGUGAACCAAUCUCACAACAUAGUGGCUGCGGGUCAUAUUUAGAAACUUUUGUUACCUUGAAUUAUCCCCAGGAGGAAACAGAUGUUCAAACGGAAUUAGAAAAAUUAGACAGGGAAAGAAUGCUGCAUAUACGAGAGUUAAAAAGGAUACAAAAUGAAGAUAGCUCAAAGUAAGUCUCAUUUUAGUACAUGCAGCUUUAUCGACUUUGAUGUGCUGCUCCUGUUAAGUUACUGUAAUUUGUAUCUUGGCUUUAGCCAGGUAGACAGUUUUUGGCCAAAAAUUAUAUGAAUUGCUGCGAAAAAAAAAAUUCUGCCUACUCAAUUUUUUUCUCCUUUUACUUUAAAUUUUUCUCAAAAGCCCUUUUUUCUGUUUGUUUGCGUAAAAAUUUAGGAUUUUUCUGACUUUUCAUGGAGGCAGUACAAGGUUAUCACUUAGUGAAGCCUCGUUACCUGAUUUUGAGGCCACUGGGUAAUUUUUCUAGGGUCGCCGGCUAGGUCAUCCACAACUUUGAUUACUGGUACAUGUAGCUGUCUUUUCGCUAAACAUCCCCUGUUACUGCAUUCGCUUUUCAGAUUUAAAGAUCACCCUACUCUAAACAAGCGAUAUCUGUUAUUGAAUCUGCUGGGCAAAGGAGGCUUCAGUGAAGUUUAUAAGGUGAAUUAUGAAGUUAUGAAUAUAUGAAAAUCAUAUAUGAUAACUUCUGGGUGAAAAAUUAUUUGAAAGAAUAUCAUCGCAGUUAUAGACACAACUUUUACAGCUGCGAAAAGAAAGCCUGAAAAAAAUUCAGGCUUGUUUGAGAUUCGAACCGUCGAGCUCCGCGAUACCGGUGCAGCGCUCUUAACAAUUGAGCUAACAAGCUAACCGGAAUCCCGUACAAACCUGAAGAAGGUUAAGCCCUUUCCCGAUAGCAAAAUGAUAAAACUUCUAACAUUUGAUAACUUGUUCCCACCACUAAUACAUUUUCGCUCAAAAUCCUAGUAGAAUGACGACGGCUACCACGUUUUCCCGCCAGAGUGACGUUAGUUCACGCUAGAGCACUACUACUUUGUACUGAGAAAAUCUCUAAAGCUCGCUUAUAUCAUAAGGGGAGAUUAGAUUCGUUUGAUUGUUAGAGCUAAGAGGUCGGGGUAUCAACGGCUCAACGGGUGCUUUCAUUCUUCGUUGUUGUUUAUCUUCCUUCUUAUAUUUUGAAUUGUUUUAGGGUUAUGACUUGUUAGAACACAGAUAUGUGGCCUGCAAAAUACAUCAACUCAGUAAUGACUGGAAAGAAGAUAGAAAAGCAAAUUAUAUCAAGUAUGUCUGCCUUUACUUUGUUUCACACUCUAGUUCCCAAACCUUUUUCUCUUUGUCAUUUAUUCUCUAUUUACACCCCUUCUCUUAUUCCUCUUUUCCCUUUGAUCAUGUCCACAUUUUGUUUUUUCUGUUGUUACAGGCAUGCGUUGCGGGAGUACAAUAUUCACAAGACUCUGGAUCACCCUGUGAGUGGCUCUCUUGAUUACUGCAUUGACUAUCAAUACUGAUUAGGGUUAAGCCCUGUAGAAUAGUGAUUAGGGUCAAGCGCUGACUCGAAAAACGGUUAAACCUCGUCUCCAAAGGGAGGGAGGGAGGGAAAAAUUUUACAAGAAUAGUAUACUGAGCGCUUAAACGUUGCUGAACACUGGAACCCAAGUGAACUAUGAGCAGUUGUUCUAGGCUUUCAUAGCUAGACGCAUGUCUGCUGGCAUAACCAGUAGAAAAGGCUGUACUACAAGACAGCUCAGCGUCGCAUGUGCAGACUCUUAGCCAUGAAUGGUGCUUUGAAAAUAUUGGCCAAUACUGUGGCUCGUACUAGCCUGCUUAAGACAACAAGGCCGUAAAGUUCUACGCUAGAAGACAAUGCAUCUUAGAGUUCGCUGACCUUGACAACCUGACUACACAAUUGCUUUGUUGAAAAAGAGCCGCCAUGAAUGGGUUACUGAUAACUAGCGUCACGUACCAUUAACUACAUUUUACUGGCGUGACAGUAAAAUUGCCUUUAGCUUUUAUUAAGGGUUAGGGUUGAUGCUAUAUACUUCCAACUUAAAGCACUUCUUCCCAGAAAAUGCUUGGUAGUCUAGUGUUUUGGGUGGUAGACUGUAGAUCCGAUGCUCCGGUAUCGAAUCCUGCUCGUGCCAUCCUGAAAUUUUAUGAAGCGGUCCAGAUAAGAGCGAUAGCAACAACGGCAACAAACAUGUUGGAAUGCAAAAAAGGUGCUAACUUUUCUAUUGUCUGUAUUUACUUCUGAUUGGCUUAAACAGCAAAGUUAACAGAACUUCAUAAAGCAGUACAUAUAUUCAUCCUUACUUUCCAACCAUCUUCCAUAUAACAAAAUCUGGUCUCACUUUGAAUAACAAAGAAAUCCUAUGUGGGGAACAUGUAAAAUUGUAAACUUUUCUUGGCUAUUGUUUUCAACUCUUGUGAUUGGUCAAAAUCUUUUAACACUAAAAAACACCCAUUCAAAGUGGAGUGUAAAUGCAUUUUAUUGCGUAAACGGCCUUCAUGUAGGUUUAUGCAUUCUCUGUGUAAAAAUGAGAACAUUCCUAUGUGGGGAAAGCACCGUUGCCGCAUAACAAAAGAAAUUGCUAUCCACCUUACCCGGAUCAUUACUUAUUCCGUAAACUAUUGAAGAGACUUAGACUUUCAUGAACAUUUUAUCAAGCAGAAAUUUCAAGAGACAUAGAAAUUUUAUGUAGGAAAAGAGAAAUGUCUUGUGAGAGCCACUGAGAUGGAAAGCCUCAUUUCAGAAAAGUUAACACGGUUAUUUUAUUCGAAGGAGGUUACUGAGCCCUCUCCUGACCGCAAAGUGACAAAACGUUUAAUAUUUAAUUACUUGUUUCCGUCUGUAUGACAUUCUCGCUAAAACCCGUAGCAGAAUGACGGCAGCUAUCAUAUUUUUCCGCCAAAUGACGCUGGUUCGCGCGCGGGCGACACGCGGGCACUGUUCAGUUUUGAGAAAUUCUCGUUGCGGUUGUCGUCUUAAAAGGUCUUUAGGGAGUAACCGCAACGACAACCACGACAGCAACUUCGAAUUCAAACAACAUUGAAUUUAAUGAGCAAAACAACAAUUUUACAUGUGAAGCAAAUAGUUUGGUUCAUUUCUUUGACCUCCACUGCACGACUAUGAAAACAAUGCUUAUGCAAAAUAGUCGGAGCUAAACAAGGUGAAUUAUGGGUAAUGUGGGCAAGACAUUGUACCCUCACUUUGCCCCACUCCACCCAGGUGUAUAAGUGGCAGACCUAUAAUCUUGCUUUACUAAAUGCACAUGUGGUACGUAACUGUUCUCUUUAUCUUGUAGCGGAUUGUUCAUCUUUAUGAUGUCUUUGAGAUUGGACAGCACUCGUAAGUAUACGCUUUUUUUGCUAGAAAAUACAUGCACUAACCAGUGCGAACAUUUAGUCGUAAAAGUCUGCUUAAUACAAAAACCUGCUUAUCGUGAGAGGUGACAAUGCAUUUAUGGGGCCCAUUUACUGAAGUGUGGGAGUAAAAGAAUAGUUGUUCCUAGUCACAAUCGGCUUAAUUCCCGUGCAAUAAAUUCAUCGACAGCAAUGUAGUUGUUAUUGUGUUUACUCUCUAUUUAAUUCCGUUGUAUAUAGUCCUUAUUACCUAUCACAGAAAAAAGUUGUGAUCUCGUUAGUUUUGUAAGAGGUAGCUUAAAAUCAGAAAGUUCUGUUUAAAACGUUCCCUAUAACAUAUCUUGUAAUUCAUAGCUACGCUCAGCCCUGACUUGUUCUUGCUUGGUCUUUCAGGUUUUGUACAGUUCUUGAAUACUGCAAUGGCAAUGAUUUGGAUUUUCUUUUGAAACAACACAAAACAGUUCCAGAGAGAGAAGUAAGUUGGAUUCGCCAUUUGUGCAUCUACCAUAAUACACCUCAUUUGCCCUCCAAAACAGACCUUUCCACGGUUUUUUUCAACUUUUGACAUAGACAGGUUAAGGAAAAAUCCAUCAACACCACUGGAAAGAGCGCCUUAAGAUUAGUAAAAUUGCUUAGUUUGAAAGUGAUUUGUUCAAAACUAACGUUCAAAGUCGCGAAAUUUUACAGCCGUUUGUAUGGGAGGGGUGGGAGGCACAAACUUGCUCAGUACGCUCAAAUUUAAAAAUUGGCGUCUGACACGGUGUGAAAUGGGGUAACUAUGUAGACAGUUACAUUUCUGGUACUCAAGGUAUGAACACAACGCCAUUUUGUGCCGGUACCCAGGCACUGGUUCCCUGGCGUAAGGUGUGGACAGCCCCUAUAUAGUUUCAGAAAUGCAACUAAUCUUAAAAGUGCCCUGGCCUUUGAAUAGAAACUAGGGUGGCGGUGACCUUGUUUUGGUACAAACCUUCCUGCUUUCCAUGUGCAAAUCGUGGUACUCUGAUGCUAACAAGCCCGUGAACAUGAUCAUUUACAUAUGAAAAACAAGAAGGUUUGUGACAAAACAAGGUCACUGCCAUCCUCGAUUCUAUUCAAAGGCCAGGGCACUGAGCACACAACUGUAAAAUGGUCUAUUCCUAAAGACUCUGAUGCAGGUUUGACUGCGGUGGGCUAUGGGAGUGUUGUGGGGGACGAAUUUUGACCCAGUGAAACAAGGUUGUGUCUUGGUGCUGCGGAUGGAUGCAAUCGCCAAAUGAUGUAAUGCAAAAGACUGAAAAGGCACUGAACAAUACAGACACCAAGACACAAUAGCGAACCAAUCUAACUGCCCACCUAUCCCUCCCCUAACUCAACGUUAACAUUUGCGUCUCACUUGAGGCAAAAUGUUGGGUUAGGGGAGGGGUAGGUGGACAGUUUCCCAGUAACCUAAAUUGAUCCGAAAUCCAAAACAAGUCAUAGUGGCCCCAAAGCAAUCCCAUAGUGCAAUGCGAUACAGCACUGACCCAGUCCCCCGCGAACCUCAAAAUAGCUUUCAAAGUUUAAAAUUGUGUUCUUAUUGUCUCCAUAGGCCAAGUCUAUUGUCAUGCAGGUAUGUUUUUUUUUAUCUUUCAGAUGGAAGAAACUAUGUCAUCGAAAUCAAUAGCCGGACUAGCUGGCGGGAUUGUUAUGCGCGCGGGGUACUUUCUACCCUGAGAAAACAGCCUUCAUUCCGCGACACCACCACUUCUUUCCCCGCGAAAUGACGUCUGUGGGAUGAGCGCAGAAAUGCAAUACUGAUGACGUGCCGCUAUACAGAUCUGGGUAGUGCUUCUGAUUGGUCGGGUAAACUUGCUUCAGCCAGUCAGAAGCACUACCCCAAUUGCGCUCGUUUCUCAGACGUCAUUUCGUGGGGAAACCAGUGGUGGCGUCGCCAAAUGUCGGUUGUUUUCUUGGCCGCGGAGAUCUCAAUUAGACUUGCUCCCAAACUUCUCAAACUUCUCGCGGCUCCCCCGCCAAAAACAACACCAAUCUUCCGCUUAUUGCGCCAGCUAAGCAGGCUACCAAUUUAAUUUAGCAUAAAACGUAUGCAAUUCUCUUAGAAAUACUAAGGAAAUGCAUUGUGUUGAUUCUAAUUAACGUUAGCCUUGUUGUCUCAACUACUCCAACAAAACAGUCAGGAGUUUUCCUCGAAGUCGAUUAUGCAAGGCGCCCGCUUUACACUGUUGCGCGAAGCGCGUGCGUCGUACGCCCUUUUCAGUAUAGCUUUGUUGCUUCUUUGAAUCCCAGACUACGACUAUUCAAGGUAAUAGUGGCCAUGGGCACAACAACAAAGCAUUGUUAUAACUGUUAUAUUGUUUGUGGUGUUUGUUAAUCAACAGUUCUUGUUUCUUUGUUUUAGACUGUUAGCGCCCUCAAGUAUUUAAACGAGAUAAAACCACCAGUUAUUCACUAUGAUUUGAAACCAGGUACUUUUCAUCUUAACGUCAAUCAGUUAACUAGUUGUAGUAAAAGACAGCGAAUACCCUAUUUCCCACUCGUGCCCAAAAAUUUAUGUAGCCUGUCAUCGGUAGGACGGGAGUAAAAACUUGUACCCACUGCUGGGCGCAGCUUAACAUAGCAAAACAUGUACCGUCUCACAAGCCUUGAAAAAUAUGUAUGGAAGCAUGGCAGACGUUAUGGACGGGAAAGGGAGAAUAACACUCGUGCAAACGCAAAGAACGAAAAACUAGAGCUUCCUUUUUCUCCUUUUUUCCCUCUGCUACUUUUCUUGUUCUAUACAUUAUUUUGUCACAUUUUGCGCGAUUCUAGUUUUCCUUCGUGUUCCCCCUUUUAUCGCGUGUAAGUAAGGUACAAAUAGCCCGUUUCUAAGUUGCUCAAGUCUCUGCUUCAAGUCAAGAGUAAGUGCGUUACCUUUAUAUGAAAGUAAUCGUCUUGGUUCCCCCAGAAUUUAAAGAUUUUGCACUUGGCCUCAUCUUGAAAAUGAGGAGUUAAGCCGGGCAAGAACGCCACGAUUUGUUUGACGAAAACAUCCUAUUAUCGCUUUGAGAACUUGUGGUUCAGUCCAGGCAAGAUAGUCAAUGACGUGAAUUGCUGUAUGGCUUCUUCAGUGCGCUUAUACGUGACUACGCGGCUAGGUGACUACGUAAUUACCCUGCUACAUGGCUUCGCUUAUAGCCUGCGAAAACAGCCGUUUCUCCUCGCUCUUCGCCGCUGGGGACGUUUCGCGCGCAGGAACGUCUGCGACUCAGAGACAGAAGUUCCAUACUGAUGAUAUAAAAUCUGUCCGGAAUCCGGUCAGAAGCGCUGCUUAGCCGACGGAGUGGUUACAUAGUUUUAGCUAUUGUUUACGAAUGACAGACAAACCAAUAUUUGUUGAAUAUCGAUAGUCUUCUCUAGAAGAAGCAUUUGAGUUUUCUGGAGCUUGUUCACAGAUGAACACAACAGUUUACCAAAAGCGACCGGGAGAAACGUAGAAUUGAACAAAUUUGCAUUUGGAACCCCAUGACUACUGGAUUUAUUAUGUAAACAUUGAUUUAUAUCAUCACUAUGGAAUUUCUGCCGCUGAGUCGCAGACGUUCCUCCGCGCGAAGCGUCCCCAGGGCGUAGAGCGAGGAAAAACGGCUGUUUUCACAGGCUACUUCGCUUAAAGAUUACGUGGCAACGGGGCUGUAUCAGUGGCUUCAUGGCUAAGUGGCACGUAGCCGCAGAGGCAUUUUCCACGUUGCCACUGUUCUAGAGGUAGAGCUUUUGAGUGGCCGAGUACUCUGCACUUAAACCUGUUCACUUAUGUUGGUUCACAGGAAACAUUCUGAUGGUUGGCACGGGUGCCCUCAGUGGGGAGGUGAAAAUCACCGAUUUUGGUCUCAGUAAAGUGAUGGACUGUAAUGAUGACAACAUGGCACACACGUCCCAAGGAGCUGGCACCUACUGGUACCUCCCCCCUGAGUGCUUUGUUGUCGGAAAAGAGCCGCCUAAAAUCUCGUCCAAGGUUUGUAAAGGAACUUCUAUCAGACGUACGCGUCCCAACCUCGUCCCCAGGGCGCUUUUCCCUGGCUUUGCAAAGCUAGGGAAAAGCGCCCAGGGGACGAGGUUGGUGAAAGGUAAAGUGUUCUUCUUUCAAUUUAAAAAAUGGGACAGCUAAGGUAGAUACAUAGAUAGAAAGUUACUGAGUUGGGAUCGCGAAAAUUACAUAUUUGUCCAAAAGUGACAAAGACGGGGUCUAUAAUUGGCCACAGAAAAGACUGUAAUGGGGUAGGGGCUCUAAGAGGCCAGCGGCACAUACCCAGCGAAUCGGCCUUCUUUCCACUCGAGAGCAGUGAAUCUGCUCUCCGAAACCGCAUCUUGUUUAAACCAAUUAAAUAACAAGGAUUACAAAUAACUUCAAAAUGGAUGCAAUAAAGCGUAAAAAAUAAGGAAUUUUUUUACAUCCCGCUUUUCCAAAUUCCAGGCAUGACACCAGUAUGGGAUACCCUACGAGCAGCAGUUUCUUUCUUGCAUGGCUUUUAACGUUUACGAAGUCGUUUGGGUGGCGGCAUGGCUUGUCUGUGGCGUAGUUGGUUUGUUUACACGAGGCGUGAACAAAUCAACUACGCGACUAACCUGUGAUCAGGUGUCCUUCUUCCCUUUUUGUUUUGGAGACGAGGGAAAAAGUACAAAAAAAAAACGCCUGACUACAGGUUAAUACGCGCCAGACAAGCCACGCGAAACACUUGGUAAUUAGAUUAAUUCUAAAGAAAAAAUACCGGUUUUGACCCGUCCUGUGCAAGUCUGGAGAGAAUGCGUAAGUGAGCGUUGAAGCUGCAAGGCGUGGCUCCCUUUCUUUCACCCGCCCCUUCGCGUCGCUUUUCCCGACUGGUCUCGUGUGACCCAUGACUCCCCAAAUGGAGAGCUUGCUCGCAGACUCCUUAACCCAUUCGCCCCCUGAACCGCCCGUAACCGCCCGUGCGGAUCCAGGUUUUCUACCCUUUGAGCUGGUUUUAACGGUCAAGGACAACUUUCUUCGUGUGCACUUUCUACCAGAAUGAGCUUCCCACCGGAAAUGGACCUGAAAAUCUCCAUGAAAAUCUUGUUCCAUUACCCACCUACAUCCUAAGAUCCUAAAAGCUUUCCUAAAAACUCUGAUAAAAUGUGUCUAAAUAGUCGUAAAAGUAAUGCUGUGUCACGCCAAAAACUAUUGUUUGCUUUCUGCGCAUAUAUAAGUAAUGUUUUGCUUAUAGUAAUACGACCUUAUAAUUUGUGUAAUACGGUCCAAAAACCACUCGUUAUGCUUUAAAACUCUGAUAAUGUGUCUAGUACGAAUCUCGAUAUUUUUAGAAACCAAUAUCAAUUUUCAGCACUCAGCCACCGAAUCUCGAUAUUUUUGAAACCAAUAUCAAUUUUAGGGUACUUCCCGGGGGGUACUCCACUAUGUGCCGCCCCAAAGGGUGGGGGUUUUGCCCAUUUUGGUCUGAAAACGGGUAUACACUUUGCCUAUCUUGGUCUGGAAUCUGGUAUGGUUUUCGAGGGAACUACGGGGUGUAUGAACUUAUUUAUCGUUUCAAUUCCAAAUGAGUAAGAAAGAAAGAGAAAUAUGCGAAUUCGAAAUGCACUUUAAGAAAUCCUUUUCGUUGCUGUUCUAAUCUAAGUAAUAAUGACAUAAUUUUGUAGAGACAAGGUCUGAAAACGGGUGUGAAGAAUGACAUUUUUUGGACUGACAUAGGGUCAGGAUUUGGAGAACCGGGCGGCACACUCCCACCAAGAAUUCCCAGGAGUACCCCUCCCGCCGGCACGUACUUGGUUUUGUGUAAAUUCGCAUUUUUGAAACCGCUUAUUUUAAUUUUUAAUUAUAUUUUUAAUUUUUUAAUCCGGAUUCGUGUGGACGAGACCUUAAACUAAAGGGAGGAUUUAUUUGAAGCUCAAAAACAAUAAAGAAUUCUGAAGGGCAUUAUAUACAACGGCUCUAUGCGGAAUUAUGCUCAUGUUGCAAAUUCAGAAAAUAAAUAGGAUGAAAUUUGUUUGCACUCCAACUAUACAAAAGCAGCGACUAUAACGUGAAUUUGCUCUAUUGCAUUGCCAAUAAAUGGCUGAAAAACAGGACGGUGUGCACUUUGUCCUUUGUCCUAAACAGGGUGAUAAAAUUCAGGCUGUUGUCCCAAACAGUGUAUGUAUUUAGGAUUUUUUCGUCGUAAAACAGGGUCAAGGUUUCAAACCCUCAGCGGCUCACCUAUAUCCAAAUAUUGGUCGAGUACCCCCCGGAAUCAUUUUAAGUUCCCCGCUUCAUUUGCCUAAUCUCGGCGAAUUCAGGAUAUAAAGGGAUGUUAAACCUAGUGGUAGCCUGGUCGAGGCGUUUAGAUAGUGGAGAGCAGCGUGAAGUCAGAGAGCGAGGUUUAAAUUAGGAGGGAGAGGGAGAGGGAGAGCUCUCUCUUUUGCGCUAUCUCCAGUGGCGGAUCCAGGAACCCCCCCCCCCCCUCCUGCCACUAAACUAAAUUCCAGGGAUACUAAAAAAUGUAGUUGUUUUUGGGUACCCUCCUAUGAUCUGUUCUCUUCUGCUCGCAAAGCAGUAUUUCCCGUGCCAACGGCGAUCUGCGUUCACAAAUUGACGAAACACGUGGUCGUCUCUGUCUGAAAAAGGUAAUCCGCCACAAAAAAUUCAACCAAAGUUUACACCCCAAAACAAAACUUCCUGGAUCCGCCCCUGAUCUCUUAAUUAUCCCCACAAUUUGAACGCCUGGAACAGGGUAUCCUAGCGGAUAUUCUAGAUCUUCAAGUAGCAGUGGUCAUCCGUUAUAUAUAUAUUUUCGCUUUUUUCCGCAGCUAAGCUUUUCGGCGAAAGGUUGGCUACUUCCUCUUGUCAAAAGGUACGAAAUUCCCGGCAUUUUCUCCAGCUCUACCAAAGCAAAAUCCUAUCCUGUGGAUUUACUAGUUAUUACUAUAAUUAUUAUUACUAUAAGUUACAGGUAAGCUUUUGUUUUGUGAUCCUAAUAAGGUCUCUCUUAGGAUUAAUAAAUGGAGAGAAAGACGUUUAAGGUCUACUUCACCUUUUUUUUUCUUCACGGAGGGAAUUUUUAGGGCUUGCAUUCACAUAGGGCUAUUGUAUUUUAAUAAUAUCCGUACCCUAGCCAGGCUUCUGUUGAGGACUUACCUAAUUUCUUUCACCCCUAGGCCAGCAGAAUUAAAUAAAAAUGCAUUCACCCCUGAAGACUUUCAUAAAGUGUGGGUCUACCCCUGAAGAAUUUCAUGUAAAGGUGAGUUUUUUCUAUAAAAAUUGCAUGAAUUAAUAGUUUACCAACAACAUCAACAUCAUUUUUAUUUCUACUGUAGACAAUUAAAAGAAUAUACAAGAAAUAUAAUUAUUAAUUUAGACUGAAAUAAACUUCUGGUUAAGUAUGUCUACGAACUAGCACAGAAAAUCCUUGUUCUGAGCCCCCACUUGAUUUAACAAUGCACCAUUAAAUUCAUUAUUGGCCUGCUGAAAAAGCCAUUGUUGAUUUACCAAUCAGAUUGAAAGGUAGCCUGAAUUUCAUCCGAUUACUUCGAGUCGUUAUUACUCCCUCAGUAACGUCUGAAUCGACCGGCCGUUAAUGCCGUCCAGUGACGUCACUACUCCUUGACCUUUGCUUUAAUUCAUGCAAAAAGAAAAACACGAUUUUCAAGUGGCAAACCGAGAAAUAUCGUUUUGAAAUGUCUGCAUGAUACAGAACUGCUUUAUUUUUUUCGAUCGUACUUCAUGUUUAACGUUCAAACUAUCAACUGCAUGCAGUACAACUCUGAACCGGUUGUACUAAAUCCUAUGAUCAAACUUGGUCGCAAUCACGCAAUGAAAUAAACACACACACGGAACACUUAGUUCAAAAACACAAUGAUUUGCUUUAAUCGAAAAGAAGCUAUUUGGUCCUUAACGAAGAAAAAAACAAGGAGACAAGAAAGAAAAGCUAACGGAAUCAUUACACUUGACGGUAAAAAUAGCAAGAAGGUCGAAUUAUAACAUUGAUCUCAGAAAACUUCGCGUAAACAAAAUCACUGGCCGCCGAAAUCACAAAGCGGCUCUAAAUGAAAAACCUACCUACUCUCUGCAAUGAUUCUUCAUUCGCAGUUCAAUUUAGCAUUUCAGUUUCGAAGACAACGGCAAUUUUGCUGUUUAAGAUAAAGAUUAAGCUUAUCGAAAUGUUUGAACUAAACGAAAGAAUGCCAUCGAUGCGAUCCGCUAAAUAGCAAGCGACAAUCCCGCUAAAAUUUUUCAUAAUUAGCCAUAAUUAUGCGAAUGUUUAGACAAUCAACCAAUCAAAAUCACUACCUGGUUUUCGGGUAGUGAGUGACGUCACUGGACGGCAUUAACGGCUGGUCGAUUCAGACGUUGUUGAGAGGAGAAAACGACUCGAAGCAAUCGGGUGAAUUUCAGGCUAAUUGAAAGGGAAUUUGAAAUGAAUUUCCGACAAUUUGUUGAAUCUGUUAGGGUGCGGGAACAAGAAUAGCCAGGGUUAGAUUAUGUCUGGGACACAGGCUUGGAAUUUUUCAAAUCAAAAAAUUAUUAAUAAUGCAUUUGUGUCUGAAGGUGGUGCCAGUGGAAUUGGUCGGGCUGUCUGUCAAGCUUUAGCCACAGAAGGAGCUGGUGUCAUUGUAACAGAUCUAAACAGUCAAGGGACUCAGGAAACACUAGACAGCUUAUCACAACAUACCAGCUUAAAACACAAAAACUAUUCUUUAGACGUGUCAAGGGGAGAGGAAAUACAUAAGGUGUUAGAGUAUAUUAUAAGUGGGUAUAAGAAGCCACCGUGCAUUUUAGUCAAUUGUGCUGGCAUCACUAGUGAUGAAUUCUUACUGAAAAUGGAUGAGGAAAAGUUUGAUAAAGUCAUUAAAGUCAACCUCAAGGUGAGUGGCUUUAACCAUUCAUGCAAAUGGCAUUAAAAAAAUUAACAUUUACUCUUCAAUCAUUUUGUUAAAGACUGGCCUAUUUGAUUUCAGUCAAUGUGCAGAACUGCUGGCUUAUAUAUCUUAGAUAUAAGCACACUUCUAAGCACAAGAAAGCUAAUAACUAAACUGGAAUGAUGCAAAGAAAAGCACAAGAACAAGCAAGAAAACAUGCUGCUAUGUUGGAUUCAUCUUUAACUACCUACGUGUGUUUAUGCAUAUGCUUGCAUCAUACUGUUUUUAUGCUGUAUAAACCAAUAUCUCUUUUAAUAACAUCAGCCAUUAAAAUUCUGGGGAUUUCUUGCUAUUAUAUAGGUUAAAAAUGGAUCAGGAACAAGUAAAAAAUAAUGUGGAUAAAAAAGAAUGACGUUUCCGUGUCAUCUUGACACCAUUUUCAAUAUUUAUGGUGGACAGACUUAGGGCCUGUUUACAUGGAGUGGGGGACCCCGGUCUAGUGGGGUUGGUUUCUUUUGUUUUCACGCUCUGGCGGACACAAAACAAAAGAAACCUACCCCACUAGACCGGGGUCCCCCACUCCAUGUAAACAGGGUCUUAAAGUGAUGACAAAACUAACAACAAGCACACUGUAAAAAUAGAAUAAUGUUUGGCUCAUGUAAUUAUAUUUUAAAAACUGACUCCUCGUGUUGUUUACAUGGCUGAUCUGCCUCUCUUUCCAGGGGACAUUUUUGAUGACUCAAGCUGUUGCAAAAGUUAAGGUUGAUCAAGGUGUUAAAAAUGGUUCUAUUGUGAAUUUGGCGAGUAUAGUAGGCAAGGUG